GUCUGCAUGUGAGUGUGUGAGCGAGAGAAAGGGAGAGAGAGAAAGAGAGAGGCGUGCGGCGUCUCUUCUCCCCCCUCUGGCUCCCCUUUCUCCUCCCUGCUCCUCUCUGCUCCCUCCUCUCCUCCUCCCGUCCUCCUCCCGUUCCUGACGGACCGUCCUGUGCCCUCCUGACUCUCCUCACCUCUCCACCCCACCUCUCCCCAGCACGCAGGAAUAUAUCUGUGUUUCACAGUUGGACCUUUCACUCGAGACAACAGCCACUGAGCGAUUCUGACUCAAUAUUAUUUGCUUCAAGAAAGAAAAAUAAAAGAUUAAAGACUGCAUGAGCCCAGUCAAAGAAUAUUAAUACGACUGCACACCUGACACGAGAGGUAACACAUUCAGGUGGACCUGCACUGGACCGACGGACUUCUUCCCAGUCUUCUGGAGGUGUGACAUCACAAGGUCACAUGACCUGGAAGAGAAACCCCGAGGGACUUCUGGGAUUGCUGUUUGAAUGGGCCGGAGAUCACCCUGGCAGGAAGUGUAAGGGCUGAUGAACUGAUCGUCACGGCGACACGGCUGAGCUCACGUUCCCUCUCUCCCGUUGGGCCCUCCAUUUAUGCCCUGAGCCGGCCACACUGGGGCGACUCUGCGGCCUGGCGCCACUCCGGUGAUUGGUUGGCUGCUGUACCAUCACACUCUUCCUGCCCCCUGCGGAAUCCUGUCACGUGACCUCACUCCUGUCUCACCUCCAAUCCAAUCCCAGCAUGGAACCCAAGGUCCAAUCAGAGGGCGGCCUGAACGUCACCCUCACCAUCCGGCUGCUGAUGCAUGGCAAAGAAGUUGGAAGCAUCAUUGGCAAGAAAGGGGAAACCGUAAAGAAAAUGCGUGAAGAGAGUGGUGCACGCAUCAACAUUUCAGAGGGGAACUGCCCGGAGAGGAUCGUCACCAUCACAGGGCCCACAGACGCCAUAUUUAAGGCUUUCGCCAUGAUCGCCUACAAGUUCGAAGAGGAUAUAAUCAAUUCCAUGAGCAACAGCCCAGCCACCAGCAAGCCCCCUGUGACUCUGCGUCUGGUGGUCCCUGCCAGCCAGUGCGGCUCCCUCAUAGGAAAGGGGGGCUCCAAGAUCAAGGAAAUGAGGGAGUCCACAGGGGCCCAGGUGCAGGUGGCGGGAGACAUGCUGCCCAACUCGACAGAGCGUGCAGUGACCAUCUCCGGGACUCCUGAGGCUAUCAUCCAGUGUGUCAAACAAAUAUGUGUGGUUAUGCUGGAGUCCCCACCGAAAGGUGCCACCAUUCCCUACCGCCCAAAGCCCGCCUCCACCCCCGUCAUUUUUUCAGGUGGCCAGGUAAGAUCCGAUCCUCUGGCGGCGUCCGCAGCAAACCUCAGCCUCUUACUGCAGCACCAGCCACUGCCUGCCUACACCAUUCAGGGACAGUAUGCCAUCCCUCACCCAGAUCAGUUGACCAAGCUCCACCAGUUGGCUAUGCAGCAAAAUCCCUUUACUCCCCUUGGACAGACCACCCCUGCUUUCCCUGGUUUGGAUGCCAGCCCCCAGGCCAGUACUCAUGAACUCACCAUUCCCAAUGAUCUAAUAGGCUGUAUAAUCGGGCGCCAGGGAACCAAAAUCAACGAGAUCCGACAGAUGUCUGGAGCGCAGAUCAAAAUCGCUAACGCCAUGGAAGGGUCAUCAGAGCGGCAGAUCACCAUCACAGGAACCCCCGCCAACAUCAGCCUCGCCCAAUACCUCAUCAAUGCAAGGUUCAGAGAUGUAGCAGCCAUGUGGAAUGACCCCUCAUCCAUGUCUACAUCCUGAAGGCCCCACCCGGCCCCAGCGCCUGCAGCUUACAGCGGCCACUUCCCCUGACCUGUCCUGCACCUCUCCUGCAUCCUGGCCCUCUUACCCACGCCCAGUUAUCUGUCCACCUGACAAUCAACCUCCAGCAGCUGUCUCCUUUAUGGGAGGAGGCAUCUGCUGACAAUGGAGACAAAAUGAUGUAGUUUGGUUUUGUUCUCGUAGUGCUUUAGUUGAGUAUUUCCGCAUGCCGAACACUUAGGAUCCAGCUGUGUUAUUCUUUAACUCCUGUUUGCUUGUAUUGCUGAGUAGGGUUGUUAAG